UUUUUUAUUUACUUGUGACUUUUUUCGCUAUAGCAAAAUUUUGUUAAUCAUUACGACUUUUGUAGAAUAACAAUAUUGAAUAUGUGUUGGAAAAUGUAUUUUGUAUUUUUUGUAAUCGCAGUGGCACGAUGUGCAGUUGCAGAUUUUGAUUCAAAUAUAAAAAAUCUCAUGGGCGAACCCGACUACCGACAAGUACGCCUUCACUGGGAAGUGGACUCUUCGAAAACCACCCCAGGCGGAUUCAGCAUCAGAUACUGUGAACUUCAAACAUGGGGUUUUCAACGAUGUCGAGUACAACAAGUCCCAGAUUUUACUGAAAACGCUGUUGUAGAUAAAGAAGAAGAUAUCAAAAUAUUUAACACCGAUAUUAAAGGUCUUAGAAUGGCAACGACGUAUUCCUUUGAAGUAAAGGCUGUGAAGCAAGAAAAGGGAGAGAGGGAGGACAGAGCUGAUGGAGAUGAUAAGAAUCAAAAUAUUAUUGUGAUUCCUACAAAAGGAUUUUCCGCAAAAGCCACACAAUGCCUACCGCAUGCUAGCGAAAUAGAAGUCUCGACGGGGCCGUUCUUCGGCGGAAGAAUCGCCGUGGAAGCUACUGAUGGUGAGCGGUGUGCCAUUGAUGGAGAACCUGACAGUCCCAGAGAUAUUUAUACAUUACGUAUAAAUCACACGGAAUGCGGUAGUCAAGUAAACGAUACCACGGUAGCUACCUUUGUUCUGGUACAGGAGAAUCUACCGAUUUUGACGCACAGCACCCGAAGAUUCCUAGUUCUUUGUUCGUACCAACCAGAAACGUUAACAGUACGUGCAGGCAUCAACCUGCCAAAUGCUGCUAAUUCCCAUCUUCAUCAUGGAGGCCGUGGCCAAGCGCACAUCGAAGCCCCUUAUGAUGAAGUUGAUAAUGCAUUAGGAAGGCGAUCGAGGACUGGUCGCGUCAUGCAAAAACCAGAAGCUUUAGUUAAAGAGGAGGCAGCCGAAUACAAAGAACCAAGAUCCUACAAGAACAACUUCGUCCCAAUUUUUGUAAUAACCAUGCUGGUCAUAGCCGGUGUCAUAGGAAUAGUGGCACUGGCACUUAAAAUAGCCGGAAAAAGGAUAACAGAAGAAUUUGAUAACGUAUCGAUAGCUUCAGAACUGUCAACGAGUAGUUGCAGCACUGUGUCGGAUGUUGAAACGGGAUGUGAAAACAAAAAACAAUCGGACUUUUCAAAAAAUUUUAAGUAGGAGUAAUUUUUGUGUUUUGCUUCGUCUACGUGGUGCAUCUACCUAUAACUAGAUACAAUAUGUUUUAAUUUACGAAAAAUGCAGUUCCAGUAGAACUUUUUGAACUGGUUACAUACACGAUAAUAUGUACGUUUUCUAAUUAAAAUCAGUUUUUGGUUUUUCAACAAAAAUAAACUACGAAAAUUUGUAGGACCUAAAUACAAAAAUAAUUGUUAUUUUAUUGGUCCUAUAGAGAGAGAUUUAGUUACAAUCAUAAACAAUACAUUUGAGUGUAGUGGUUUUGCAGUCUCUCUAGUAUGCUCUUUAGAAAUUUUUGAUUCAAAUAAUACGUCAUUAUUGAGUAAAUGGAUUAAAAUGAAUCCAAAAUUAAUUUGUAUAGAUAUUCAUGUUUUAAAUUAAUAUUAAAUGCGUUCAUUUUAAAUUGGUCCAUAACAAAGUUAUAACAAUUUUUUGUAUAUUCUUAACAAAGUUUAAUUUGUGAAUAUACAUUUAUUAUUUAUUUAUUCUG